UGAAUUAACAAGUUUUGUUCUUUUUCUGUAUCGAAUUAGGCAACAUACGUUGAAGAUUAUAUUAAAAGCAAUAAAUAUAAUUCAUGAACAAUCAAUAUCCCGUAAUGAUAUUCGCCUGACAAUCUGUCAUCCAUUUCUGACGGGCCUUCCGCAAUCAGAGCGCGUGGGAACCAUAACAAAAGCUGCAUCUUUCAUCCACCUCGUCUAGCGUUCGUGCGAUCGUCGUAUUUGCAAUGCAAAAAUGGCUCCCUAUACAUCGGAAGACGAUCAUCAAGCAACAGUCCAGCAAUCAGAGCAGACGAUGGAGGGCACGGACAUUUUGAGCCAGCAGCCAUUGAGCGCAGCGCCGGGUCAGGGUACCAGCAACAGUAGCCAUCGCUAUAAGUGUGAACUUUGCCAGCAAACGUUCAGGCGACGCGACGAUCACGAUCGGCACCGCUUUUCACACACCGGAGUGUACGCGUACCCUUGUCUUGAACCAAACUGCGGCAAAGCGUACUCUAACCGAUCGCACCUGCUGCGUCAUACGCGUACGAACCAUCUCGAGCGUCCGAGUGCACUCCGUCCCGACCUGGACUGCAAGCAUCCUAACUGUACGAUGAAGUUCAGCAGCAAGCACGCCAUGAAACGUCACUAUCAGACGAAGCACAUCCUCGGCAAACCGUACGCGUGCGAUGUGUGCAACGAGCGGUUCUGGCGCAAGCUACAGCUGAAGCUGCACAAGGUACGCCAUACCGGCCAGUAUCCGCAUCGAUGCGAACACUGCAGCCAGGGUUUCGUCAACCUGAAGUCGAUGCGUAGCCAUCGGUGCAAACGAAACGCGCAAAAGUGCGCCGACUGCCCAAAAGAGUUUCUCCGCUGGUCCGAGCUGGUCGCUCACCGGCAGCUCGAACAUCCGAGCGAGUUCCGGUGCGACCAGUGCGACAAACUGUUUCACACGAAGCGCAACCUCAAUCUACACGGUCGUGUCCAUCGAGCGCAGGACGAACGGUUGGUGUUCGAGUGUCCCCACGAAGGCUGCCCGAGAUUUUACGAGCAUGAGCGCAAUCUGUACGCUCACGUACGGGCAAAACACGAAAACCGCAAACGGGAGGAGCUCACGUGCAAUGUAGCCGAUUGUGGCAGAGUGUUGGCCACCAGGCAGAAGCUGGAACAGCAUCGAAAGUUGCAUCUUCGUGCGUCAAAGACCUCUGCCCGAGGAAAGAAAACGAAGAAAGCGGUGGUCUUGGAGGGAUGCAACAAGGAUCUGGCAGAUAGUGAUCAGCCAUGUUCUUCCAAAUCGGAGGAAACAUCAGUCACGAAUGAUGAGUCCAUCGCGGUAGUAUCGUCAGACCAAAAGAACCUGCUAGAUGUAACCACCGAUUCGGAAGUGGAGAACACCCAAACGGUGCAAGAUUUGCUGGAAACGCAUAUGCAACGUUUGUGCACACAGCUCGACACUCUGCGAUCGAAUUUAGCUCCGGUGUAGUUGCGUUAACGCGCAUUUCGUCAAAGUGUAUUGAGAUCAUUCGCACGUCCAAAGUUACUUAUAUUUAAAACGUUAUUAUAUUCGGUUCAAGUCCUUUGUUCCAAUUUUGCAUGUUAGAGUUUUUUAAAAGGAAUUUUGCAUUUCACGAAGUGAGUUUAGGAGUUGUAUAUCCUAUAUGUAUAAUUUCUAAUCUAGUUUUAUUUAGUAAGCAUUUUCCACACACUUAUAUGCGCAUUGAUAUAUUUUGCAAUAAUUUAUAAUAUCUAAUUGUGAAGUUUUGUUGAGAUAGAAAUAUCUGUACAGAAUGUCAAUGCUAGGAACCGCUUUAAGUUAUUGCUAAAAAGUAUUCAUGCACACAUGACACGUGUUGCAAAUUAUGAAUACGUAGCAUACCGUGGAAGUUAGGUUGUUAAGGAUCGUAAGUAAAACAUUUUAAAGUUAUUACUAGAUAGAGAUAUCAAAAAUGUUUCUGUCUACGUUAAAUUAAUUUUGCAAUUUAUCUUAACAUUUAUGGAAUGUUAGUGUGGAAGGCUGUGCCAUGCCAGGAUUAUUUCUUUUUUUUUUAAGAUUUCUUUA